AUGCGUUUCAGCCUCCCAAAGCAGAAGCCUCCUCCUCCUCCGGGCCCGAGCUCGCGCGAUGGGAUGAACUCCAUCCCGGAACUCUCCGAGGGAGCCUUGGCGACGUCUCCCUCCUCCAGUCCAUGCGCGUCUUCCCAGAAGACCUGGAAGGGAUGUUGGCCUGGCGCCUACGCCGUGGUCUUCGCCGUGAACGCCGCGGCGACGGCUCUGAACCUGUUUCUUCCGACGCGGUCCGAUGUCGCCAGCUACUACCCCGGCUAUCUCUUCAUCUGGUCCUCGUACAAUGUGUUGGACUUUGUCUUCUUCGUAGUGCUGGUGCUGGCGAGUUUCGGAUGUGGCUUUGUGGCAGCUUUCCUGCUGAGAAGGGCCGGAGCUUCAGUGCACGCCAGGUCGGCCUGCGGCUACGCAGUCACCAAUUGGCUGAACUCAGUGCUGGCCUCAUCCAUCUUCAUCGGAGGCCCAAAAAGCAUACCAGUGCUGGGCUUUGCGGAUGUCAAUGUAAGGACAUGGAACCUUGCCUUGUUCUUCUUCAGAAUGGUGAUCUACUUGCUAUGCUUGUUCUGGAUGCAGCUGCUCAUCGCGCAGAAGCUUGAGUUCCUGGAGCACGCCUCGCAGCAGAAGUAUCGGAGCGGGUGCUUCCGCAAGCUCAUCUGGGCGCAAGGCUUCGGCGUCUUCGCGGUGGUCCUGUCGCUUUGCCUCUACCUGUUCCGGCGCUGCUCUGUGAUGGUCGCCUUCGGGAUGGCGCUGUGGACAUGGUUCUGCAACGUUGCGGCGAGCGUCGUGGCGAUCCUCUCCCUCACCCGCUCCUACGUGCAGCUGCGGAAGGUUGUGCGUGUGGCGAAGAUCGAGGACGCGCCGCUUCCUGUGAGAUCUUCCUUGAAGCGUGCAAGGAGGUUUGCUGGGCUACAGAUGGUGGGGGUCUCCUCCUGCCUCGUUCUCACGAUCUUGGCCGUGCCAGCAGCGUACUGUAACUCCACCUGGGCAAUCCCGGGGGUGUACGACUGGGACGAGAACAACUCUUGGACUUGGGUGGUGUUGCUUGCUCGGGCUCUGAAUUUCCUGGGGCCUGCGGUGGCUGUGCUGCUCCUCUCCGGCAGCCAUCGGGUGCCUACUCAAAGCAGCCAACGCAAGACUAGAUCGUUCACGUGCUGCACAGCUCGUGGCCGGAAAUGGCCCGCGCAGCCCAAGGCAGUGUCGAAGGGAACCGAAUGGAGCCCCGCAUGGCAGGCAAAAGUGGCAGAGCUCUCAUUGCGGGGCAUGACUUUGAACAGCUUGUUGCGCUUUUAUCAGGAAGACAUCCCCUCCAUUCCAGACUGGAGCUACUCACCCAACAGCCACUUGACUAGAGAUGUGGUUCGCAGGGUGAUCAUUCCUCUCACCAGCUUUGAAGAGUCUGCAUAUGCAGCCUCCGUGUUGAACAGGGACGGCCCUCAACGGGCUAACAUCAUGGUGACGCACAGCUGGAGCAACACAUUCAAGGACCUGCUGGCCGCAGUGAUCUCGGACGCUCUUCAGGAAUGCAGCUUCAAGCUGGUCGCAAACUUGCUGUCAAGUGCGGAGGACUGCGCCUUCCUUGCUCAGCUCCUGGUUGACAGUGGUCGCCUGGGAGACACCUACUGGAUCUGUGCAUUUGCGGUGAACCAACACACCAGCAUCUGCCACAGCAAUCCUUACGACCGGGAUCCUCUGACUAAUCAGCUGCACCCGGUGUGUAGUUGCAGUUCUGUGACCAUCUCUGAUCCAGAUGGCUUGAACCCCUUGUCAGAGAUCAACAAGUUUGACGACAUGAUGUAUCAUCUGGCAACAACAGGAGUCUGCAGGCAACUAGUUGCAGUGGACGAACCUCUUUGCUUGUUUCAGCGUGCUUGGUGCAUGGCCGAAAUUGCAGAAGCCAAGCGCUUGCACAUGAAGCAGUCUUUAAAACUUCCGUCCAAGGCCGCGAUCGAGCUGAAUGCUCUGGCGCUGGAGACCCUGGAUGUUCGGAACAUGCACGCCUCCUGCAUCAAAGACAAAGACCUGAUACUCAGCAAGAUCACGACCAGCCAGAGCAUCGAGGAGUUCAAUGAAGACCUCCAUUCCCUGAUUUUUGCUCCGAAGUCAGGACUCUUGGCUGCUUGGCAGGCCAUGGAUAGCCUCCAGCAGAUGGGAGAAGUGGGCAGGCUCAUCCGAUGGGGCCUCGCCGACGCGGGCACUGGGAAGGUCUGGAAUGCCUGGGAAGCCGAUGCAUAG